AUGAGUUUGCAUUACAUUGAUGGAACCUUGGAUCUGACCAGCUACAACCGUAGAAACCCAGGCUCUGGUCUUGUAAGAAUUGGAUAAGACUUCAAUGGACGUGUGAUCAUCAAAGUUUCAAGUGAAGGUUGAGAAAAAUGACCUAUCUUCUGAUCAGUCUUGAUCUUUGUUUAAACCUCUUGUGCCUGUACAACUGGUAACCAUGUCUGACUGUUUAUCAUAUGGAGUGUUUGUGCCUGGCAAUGCUGCUUUCACUUGCUGGGAAGUUGGGCUGCACUGGAAACUUUAAACUUUUAUUAAAUGAACCUAAAUUCUGAAUUUUAUUUAGGAAGAGGUUUGCCAGGCAGAGCUCAUUUCAAGUAUUUCAUUUGGAGCAACACACCUUCUAUAGAUAUAAAUUUAAAAUCUACGUAAAGCAAACACAGAAAACGGUUUACACAAUUAGUUUUAUUGUAGAUGCUGAUAUCAGAAUUUUUUAUAAUUCUUUAUUUUAUUAAUUUUAUAAUUUUUGCGAUAUAGGGAAGGGGGUACAGAAAGAAGAGUGCAGUUGUGGUUCAUAAAACAUCACCUAACAGUGGUAACAAUUCGGUUAUGGCUGUACAUUUCGAGCAGAUGUGCAAGGGUUUCAUCCAUGGUCAAAGUGUACAUCACAUGUAGGUUCGUUGAGCCAAAAAUCUUGGGGUCAGUAGGGGAGGGUACAGAAAAAAGAAAAGGGAAUGUGAAUGGGUGAGGAUAUAGGUACAUUGAAAUUGCAUUUCAAACCUUCGACUGGUUGAGAAUUUAAUGCGAGAUGUUUGCGGUGUUGUGGUCAACCUGUGUAGGUCUUGUCCCGGGGUGUGCAGGUAACAAUUUGCUGCUGUGAGUUGUGGAUUGUGGGAGUAUUGGAAUGUUUGCCAGGUAGGGUUGGUGAGGGGGAGAGUGGGUAGAAUGUGACAGAUUAACAUUAUCUGCUUAUCAACAGUGUUAGUGGUGACAGAACAAAUACGCCAAUGCUUUAAAUGGAGUGGAGUACACUACUUCUGGGGUCCGUGAUAGUUUGCAGAUUAGUACCUAGUGAGUUUUUUUUUUUCUUUUUUUUUUUUCUGUAAAGUUAUUAGUUACCAGGAGUGCGGGAAAAAAAUCUGCUUAGUCAAGGGACUAACGUGGUAACCCUGUCUCCUUGUCAUUUGUGGUGGCAACUUCCUAGAUACGUGGACAGGGUUGUUCACUAAACUUCGUGAAUCAAAUCCGAAUGGAAAAACCGAGACAAAAGCAGCUGAAAUGGAAACCUUUUCCAACACACCCUUGGUCGCAACUUUUUACCUUUGUUUAUUUUUCCAUUCUGAUUUAAUUUGUGAACUUGUAGAGUUGAGUGUUCUAGCCUCUGUUCUCUUAUAUUGUUUCUGCGUGCAUGCAAGUUGUGUGUAGUGUGUAAUGCGGGUUUGUGCAUGCAGACUGUGUGCAAUGGGUGUUAUGUGUCAUCUGUGUGUAGUGUGUGAGGUUUGCUGGCUGUGUGUGUGUGUGCAUCUGAUGGGUCUUUGGAUAUUAAAAGCUCCUUCAGUAGGGACAGAACAUAGUAGUCAAUUCCUUAUUUUCAGGAGUUAAACUUUAUUCAAACAGCUUUACCCUGAAGUUGUUUCCCGGUUGUCUGUUCUGUCUGUGCUCCUGUCUCCUCCACUGGCUGCCAAAGAGUCCAGGUGAAGGUUUGCCUUGGAGGCCAGUGAUAAGCGAAGAACACCAGCCUAAAUUCUCAGCCUAUCGCUAGCCACCCAUUGCUUGUAAUAGUUUCUUCUAAUACUUACAAUGUACAGACAGUGCUAGGUUGAAUGCUUCAGCUAAUGCUCUAUCACUGGCCACCAAGGCAUACCUUUUAGGUCUGUACUGUGAAGGACUGAGGGAGGCCAUGCUGAGAGGUGAUGAAGGGCCAACUUUAGGGUUUAACUAUUUGAAAACGGUUUAACUCCUAAAGGUAAGUUGGUGCCCACCAGGCACCUGUGACACUAUAACAUCAUAUAGUAGAGCUUAAUGUCUUAUAGUGUGUUGGUGUUCCAUAAUGGUCAUUCUUGUCAGGAGCUGAAGCUUAAAGGACCACUAUAAUGCCAGGAAAACACUAAUUUUCCUGGCUCUAUAGGGUCUUUGGGUCCCCCUCCCUCUGGGCUCUAGGGGGAGUCAGGGGUUAAACGCUUACCUUUCUCCAGCGCUCGGCUCCCUCGGCACUAGGGACUCUCCUCCCUCUUCUGACGUCAUCCGCGCGUGCAUUCAGUCAGUCCAUAGGAAAGCAUUUCUCAAUGCUUUCCUAUGGACGCUGGCGUCUUCUCACUGUGAAAAUCACAGUGAGAAGCACGGAAGCGCCUCUAGCACCACUAGAGACUGGAUUAACCCUAAUGUAAACAUAGCAGUUUCUCUGAACCUGCGGUUUACAGCUGCGGGAUUAACCCUAGAUGGACCUGGCACCCAGACCACUUCAUUGAGCUGAAGUGGUCUGGGUGCCUUUAGUGGUUCUUUAAACAAAUAUCCAUUUCAAUUUACUCACAAUCCGUCAGCUCCAACAAAAUGACAAACUGCAGACUUUAUGGACACAGAAAAACAAAAUGGUAGCGCCCAAGGUUUGAGAUCAGACCUAAAUAUAAAUAAAACAAAUUGCAAGGAAAGGAGUGUAAGAUACAAGGGGCAUAAGGAAAGGAAAUGUUAAAGGAAAAAAUUACAGGGCCCUUUUAAUCCACUUUCUUGAAGUGUAGGGCUUUUACUUCUUAUUUAAUGACUUGCCCACUGAAGGAAACAUAGCCUCUUUUAAAUUUGCUGGCGAAGCCCAUAACAUUUAUACUAUGGAGUCUCCUUUCUGCUGCAAACAGGAUUAAAUAAAUCAAUCUAGUUUUUACAACCUUGUAUUAGAUGUUGUAAAUCGAGAAGAAGUUUACAGACCACUUGGACCGUUUGCUGUUAAAAUGAAAACAUCAACAGGCCCCAAUUAUCUGUAAUGGAUUGCUGGGAAAUGCAAAAGCAAACUGGCUUCUAAAACUAUAUUUUUGUUGUUCCUGUAAAUGCUUUAGAAAUUGCAAUGUUAAGAAGUGUUCUUUCUUUUACACAUCUGUGUGUGUGUGUGUGUGUGUGUCUGUAUGUAAUGAGGUAUAUACUUUCCAAAGUGAUUAUGAUGGCAUGGGUGUAUAAUUUAGCUAAAAGCUAUUACAUAGUGCUGGCACUGCAAGAAUUAUUUAGUUUGUACACAGGGGAAAACUUAAAUACUGUUAUAAUUGCCAUGAUCCCUUACCCCCCACUCCAGCAUAGGAGCACCAAAUACAUAAUAAGAGUGUUGGUUUUUCUCAAUCUAAGGGGGAUUGACUAUAACCGAUCUACACCAGUGGAACCCAAACAUCUUUAUGGCCAUUCAGUCUCCUUUUUACUGGAUGGGUUAUGUUAUGUUCUCUUAGGCCCUUAAUGGGACACUGUACUCACCCAGACUACUUCAGCUAAUUGAAGUGGUCUGGGUACAAUGUCCCUUUUGCGCUUAAUGCUGCAAUGUAAAACAUUGCAGUUCCAUAGAAAGUGGGUGUCUACCAGACAUUCACUAGAGGGCAUCCUGGAUUGAAACGGAUGCUCUGCAUGAGGACCUUCAGUUUCAGAUUUUUUUUUCCCCCAUAGGAAAGCAUAGAUUCAAUGCUUUGCUAUGGGGAGGCCUAAUGUGAGUGCGCGUUUGCUGAGCAUUAGACCCUGCUUGUUGAGGGACGUAGCGUCGGCCCAGCUCCGAGGGACAACGAUGCUGUGAAAAGGUAAGUAAAUAAAGUUCUUUUUUUACCAUUUAUUUGCAAGUAGGGGCCAGGGGCCGGGGGGCCAGGAGGAGCGAUAGUGCCAGGAAUACAGCUUUGUAUUCUUGGCAGUAUAGUAUCCAUUAAAAGGGACUACUCAGCCAAUGAAAGACAAGACUGAAGAAUGCAGCUAAUAGUGCUUACCGUUUUAAUUUUAGAAUUGGUAUACUGAGUAAAGAGGUAAAGUUAGAGGAUCUAGAUUAGUGUGAGAUUAUCUUGCUAAAUAUUUUUGGGAUUUUCUUGUGAUGUCUUGUUUUUUUACUGUGACAAAAAUAAUCUCUUUAUAUCCAGAUGUACUCGUGUAGAUCCCUUACCAGCAGUCCAAAUAGACUGGUCAAGUUUGGAUUUAAUAAAGGUAAUAUCAAUAUUUUUGGUGGAAACGGAGUAGAUUACGCAAUUGGCACACAGCCAGCAUACCUUGGGGAAGCUGUGAAUCUUUCUGGUGGCAAUAAAAAAUGUACAGUUUCAUGACUCUGGCAUAUGUUACAGGCAGAUCAUGCUUAGGAAUCACGUAUACUAGAUUUCUGUAACUUCAAUCCGUGCAAUUAUUCUUUGUAUUUCAUGGUUCAUCUCUAUGCAGUCUGCGGGCUCUUCUCUAUGGUAGAAUUUGGACAUAAUAUCAUGGUCUGCCUAAGAUUAGUGGGUUUUACACUUUAGAGAGGCAUCUGCUGCUUGGCAAUUAAGCUUGUUCCCAAGACUGUUACUUCCAAUAAGCUCAGGCAGCAAUAAGACCUCCCUCCCACCCCCCAUUUAACCUGUAAACUAAACGACCAUCAUUAACCCCCACACUUCAUUACCUCAAACAUGUUGGCUACCUUAACAUUUACCCAUAAUAAUAAUGUCACACGACGCUAUCUUAGCACUAACCCUAACACCUUAAUCCUAGCAAUAUAAUAUAAUCUAACAUAAAGGAUAUAUAAUGGCAAAACAUUUAUUAUGGGAAAAUAAUGCUUUCAAGAAUGGAUACAUUUUCUAAACCACUUGUCCUUUGGUCUACAGAACCAUUAAAUUAAAAUUAAAUGUAGCUGCUACAAACUUGAUUCCGGACUGCUUUAUUGGCAUAUCGCGGCCCUGAACCAAGCAGUACCGCUGGCCAGAUCGAUAUGGGACGCAAGACAAAAAAGCUGAGUCCGGACCGGGCAUAAAUUUUAGUGACAUGCUGUCGCAAGCACAUGAAGCUGCCGGGCCCAAGAUGGCCAACUACCUUGAUGAGUACUCUGACCUCAGAGGAAGAACCCCUCUGUAACCUGGCUGCUGGCAAACCUGCUAAAGCACCGGACACUCCGGCACCAAGAAGCUCAGCUGGUUACGAUGGCGGCCCUGAAGGAGCUGCUUGCGGAUCUGCAAAGGAACAUCCACACAGAUGUGGCCUCCCUUCGCGCUGAUCUCACCGGUCUGGUAAGCAGACUGGGCACUCUGGAGACAACAACGAAUAGCCAAGCUCAGAGGAUAGCUAUCCUGGAGCACACAGUAUCAGGCCUCCAACAGCAACAAUCUCUAACUGAGCAGCGGUUUGUGAACAUGGAGGACAACCUAAAAAUAAGGGGAAUCCCGGAGAAGCUGCCAACAGAAGAGCUCCUGCAUCUUGUGAGACUCCUCUUGGCUCUGCUCUCUCCAAAGGAGGCAAAUAUUCCCCAAACCUAAGAAAGCCCCAAGCACCGCAUCAAAAGACGUGGUAAUACGCUUUCAAAAUGGCAAAGAUAAGUCUGGAGGAGAACAUUCAGAUCAUUCACCUUCCUGUUAAGAGAGAGGAAGAUAAAUUAUAGCUGGCGCUCAUCCCGAAUCCUGCUGUCACCCAAGGCAGUUCCUCCUAUAAAAUUCAAGACCUGAAUGGAGCUACACAAAUGGGACCCGUCGACCAUCACACAGUUAGUCCCUCGACAGCAUGAGCCAAAUACCAAUGCGGUGGUUACCACCUGAGAUCCCUCACAGUCUGCCUUACCUCGCUUACUUUUCAGGAUGGAGCUGCACAUGGCUCAUACUUCAUAUGUUUAUGUUGUUUUACAAUUUAAUAUGCCAGGAUGCUUAUGCUAGGAUUUUUCUGUGGUUUCCCCUUACCCGCAGUAUCAUACAACCCGUACUCACCUGAGUUGCCAUUAUAACUACCCCCCGCCUCCAUAUGUGAUUAAUUAGAGGCUUACAGUGUCAAAAGACAGCAGAGGCGUUCAUCCUUAAGAUUAGCAGACACAAACUGCCAAUACACUGUUAAAGGUGGCAGUGGUCAUACGGACAGUCUAACACGUCACCUAUGGCUAACUCCAUAUUCAUUUACUAUAGCAAGCGUUUGCCUAUAACUGGGGCACACCGCGUACACCCUACUCAUCCCUAGGGACCUCAGACCGCCUGCUGCCUGGAUUAUCAAUAACGAUUGUCAUUUACAAAUACUAUACUGUUCUUUCACAGAAAAAAUAAAUGGCGCAUGCUCUUUAUAAUGUACAAUCUGCUCUUAUUGCUAUAGAUAUUUGUCUUUUCAUUGUACAAUGCAAUAUAUUGGUCUACAUGGCAGCGUGAAAAAUAAAGAAUUAAAAAAAUAUAUUAAAAAAAAUAAUUUUAAAAUGUUUGAAUUGAUCAAAACUCUCUCUCCUAGCUAUAGUGAUAUAUUUGCAAACAGACUAGCCUAAUUUUAUCAUUACUACAUUUUGGUUGUUAAUAUGAUCUUCUCCAUAUUUUAUUUUUGAUAUAGUUCCAUUCUAAGUGUCACAAAAUAACCUCUUCUACAAAUGGCAACAAGAUAAACUAAUCACAGAGAGCUGGUGAUUUAUGGAUGGAAUGCUAGUUAAAUUGUACAAAAAGAAUGAAACCCGUAAAAGUCAAAAUCUUAUUUUUAUUCUUUAUUGUUCUGUGCAGGACCGUAAACUGACUAAGCAGGAAAGGCAGCGGUUUAAAGAGGAGGCUGAAAUGUUGAAAGGUUUGCAGCACCCAAAUAUCGUCAGAUUUUAUGAUUUCUGGGAAUCCUGUCUGAAAGGGAAGAAAUGCAUUGUUCUUGUUACUGAACUCAUGACAUCAGGGACUCUAAAAACGUAAGUCACGAUAUAAUGUUGUUGCCAAUAUGCAUUGUUUACUAAUGUAAAAUGUCUUAAAGGAACACUAUAGAGUCAGGAAUACAAACAUACAUUCCUGACAUUAUAAGUGUAUAAACCCUUUUUGGGUGACUGGCUCCCCUUACAAAGAACUCGGCUUAUCACAGCACAGGUCUGAUACCACCCCUGCUCUGCCUCCUUGGCUGAGAUGAUCAUAUUUGAUUAUUUCAGCCAAUCAAAUGCUUUCUCAUAGAAAAGCAUUGAGGCUAUUGAGCAUGUGCAGCAAAUCGCCACACUGCACCAAUCCGCAUCUCCUCAUAGAAUUGCAUUAAAUCAAUGCAUCUCUAUGUGGAACGUUCAGCGUCUCUUUGCAGAGUGUGGCGACGUUAUGCAGCAUUGAUACAGGAAGCACCUCUUGUGGCCAUAUGCGUGACUGUCACUAGAGGUGUCCCUAGGCAACAAUGUAAACAUUGCAGAUUUUUCCACUUUAGCAUUGUGCACAAGCAUAGUUCUUGAUAGAUACCCCCAUAUUUUACUACAAUAUUGCAAGCUUUUAUGUAACCAGUAAAUGUUAUUACUGGCAGUCAGCCCUCACAUGCGAGCUUAGCAGUGUGUUUUUUUUAUUUUUUUUUAUUUACAGCAUUCAUGACAACAAAAAGUGUCCUGCUCGAUAGACCUACUAAAAGGGCUAUACAAAAUUCUUGCAUUUGUCAACAGAUCUGUCCGAUUCUGAUCUAACAAGACCGCUAAAGCAACAUCUAGUGUCCCCAUUUCACCUUUAUGUUAGGGUGACGUGAAAAAUAAGAUAGCUUUGAUAGUUGUGUACCCAAAAUUCCCCAAAUCUCAUAAUGUCUUUGUUGUGUAAGCUGUCUGAAACCUACAGAGCUGCAAGUGCCAGUGGUCUCUAGAAUAAAUAUUUUACAAUAAAGUCAAAGCACAAGGGAAUGCCUAAAUGAUGUGACACUGUAAUAAGCAAACAUUAACCAUAUUGGAUGGUGUCAUUUGUCCCAAAGCAUAUGUUCUCCUAGUGACUGAAGGUGAACAGAAAUCAGAUUAGCAUUUCCUAAUAAGCAAGUUAUGCAUUGCUUUCCACUAGUUCCUUUAGUUAAAUGGAAAAACGGGGCAAGAGUGUUGCAAAUCUCUUACAAUUUUUGUUUUUAUUUCUUUUCUUCCAAAUCUGAAAUUGAUGUACCAGUGACUUGUGUUUGUGAAACAUGUUUUAUCUCCUAAUUUUAAGAAGAGGAGGAUUAUUUACUAUUCUACGUAUUUGCAUAUUUGCAGCACAGAUUUUGUAUAGUGAAAUAUAGGAACAGCUGCUUGCUACAGGGAUUAUGAAUCUACUAAUGAACCUGGGAAUUACUUUUUCAGAUACUUGAAGAGGUUUAAAGUCAUGAAACCGAAGGUUCUCCGCAGUUGGUGCCGGCAGAUCCUUAAGGGUUUACAUUUUCUCCACACUCGAACUCCACCAAUUAUACACCGCGACCUGAAAUGUGACAACAUCUUCAUCACAGGACCCACAGGCUCUGUGAAAAUAGGAGAUCUUGGAUUAGCAACCCUAAAACGGGCUUCAUUUGCUAAAAGUGUCAUAGGUAAUAAUCAGCCUUGUCUAUGUGUGUUUUCUUCUAAAGAAUUAAAAAGAAAAUGGAAAUAAAUGGUUUGCAGUAUUUGUGUUUUUUUUUUUUUUUUUUUUUAAAUCGAUGGUGGGACAGCCAUAUUCUUGCUUGUCCUUAAUCCUUGGAGUGAAAAUUCUUCCCCUCCACUCAUGUCUCUGCUCCCACUCUUAUUUGCUUCUUUAGUCCUAAUUACUACUUAUUUUACUAAUGUAAUUUGUCUGUAAACUGUGUGUGUAGGAAAGCAGCCUGUUAUUUACACACAGUUUUAUUUACACUUUUUAUUAACGCUAUGCUUUAUUGGAUUAUUGCAGUAUGUUGUAAAACCUUUUCAUUGAACACAUUUUUUUCAAAAUAAACAUUUAAAGAGUAACUCCAAGCACCGUGACUACUUGAGUGAGUUGUAGAGGUUAUGGUGCCUGGAAUCUGUUUGUUAAGCAUUUCGCUAUGAAAUGCCGCAUGUACGGAGUAUAACCCCUCUUUCGCUGGAGGUGUAACUCUACUAGAGUUCCCGCUGACUAAUGGAAUUGUGUUCAUAUUUCUAUAUCUUCUCCUGGUCCAAUAUCCAGUUUGUCCUCAUGCAAGUGAAUAAAGUUUGAUUGACAGAACCGGAAAUAAAAAACAUCUACAGUAACACACUGUGCUGUAAAUUAAAUUUUGAGUCUGUGUGAGUCGCAGCAAGGGCAUAUGAGGCAAGUGCUGCAUAAACAAAGUGAUUGCACUCCUAAAACAGCAUCGACUUGAACAGUGACUAUAUAGUGGCUUCAUUAAAGGAGCGCUUCAGGUGACCAGGCCACCUCUUCCGGGGUUAAAGCAAUUUAGUUGGCUCACCCUUUUCUCCUCCUUGUUCAAGCUCUGCCUCUUUGGCAAAGAUUGAUGAUGUCAGCCAAUCCAAUGUUUUCCCACAAGGAAGCAUUGGGAGGCUAAAGUGCAUGUGUGGCAAAACAUUGAACUGCUACAAUCAGAGACCAUCUGACUAAAAUAACAGAGCUUUAUGGAAGCGCCAGUAGAGGCAGGAUAACCCUGCAAUGUAAACAUUGAAAGGUUGAAUGACAAUGUUUUCAACUGCAAGGUUAAGUGGGUGACAGGGGUGGCAUAUGUCAAUCAGAUCACUUUGAAAUUAAGUGGUCUGGAUGCCUAUAGUAUUCCUGUAGGCUAAAGUUGAUUUGGUACCUAGUAUAUCCCUUAAAUGUACCACUGAAUCACAUAGGAUCCUACAAUCUUUCUGAAAUAUAAAUCUAAUUGCAUUAUUUUUUUAUUUAAAAGCUAUUCUCUCCUCCUCUGUUUAUUGCCUGCUAGAUUCUAUAGCAGCCUCCUAAUUUUUCAUGGGGGCUGUUUGAGACACAGCCAGCAAAUGUAUUGGUGAUUUAACUGGAAGUUUUGCAUCCCUAAACAACUUAAAGGGCCACUCCUCACCAAAGAGCACUUAAACUUGCUGAAGUGCUUUAUAAUAUUAUUAUAUUUAUAUAGCGCUAUCAGAUUUCGUAGCGCUGUACAAUGGGUGGACUAACAGACCUGUAAUUGUAACCAGACAACUGGACGUACAGUAAUAGAGAGGUGUAGGGCCCUGCUCAAUGAGCUUACAUUCUAGAGGGAGUGGGGUAUAGUGACACAAAGGGUAAAAGUAGGGGAAUUAGUAGGUUGUUAGAAAAGUAUUCAACGAGGGCUGAGUAGGUCAUUUUGACAGUUGCAGGAGACGAGUCGUGGGGGAUAAAAACCUGCUGACAGUUUAAUUGAUAUGCUUUCUUGAAGAAGUGAGUUUUCAAUGAGUGGAGACUGGGUGAAAGUCUUCCGGAGAAGGGAAGGGAGUUCCACAGAGUAGGUGCAGCCAUGGAGAAAUCUUGGAGGCGAGCAUUAGAAGUGGGAUUAUGGACAGAGGAUAUACGUAGGUCUAUGGCAGAGCGUAGGCCUAUGGAAGAGCGUAGGGGCCUCGACAGGACAUGCUUGUGUAUUAGGGAGGAUAGGUAGGUUGGAGCAGCAUUAUGUAGGGACUUGUAAGCAAGCACCAGAAUUUUAAAUUGAGCCCUAUAUCUAACUGGAAGCCAAUGCAGGGACUGACAGAGCGGGGAGGUGCGAGCGGACAGGAAAAUCAGCCAUGCUGCUGCAUUCAUUAUAGAUUGCACCGGUGCAAUCUGGGAACACUUAAGACCACUGAGAAGGGGGUUGCAGUAGUCAAGGCGAGAGAGAACAACAUCACGGACCAGCACCUUAGCCGCAUCUGGCGUUAAAUGUUUUUGAGAUGGAAGCGAUAGAAUUUGGCGAUUGAUUAGGCAUGAGGGGUGAAGGAGAGGUUGGGGUCAAAAAGAACACCCAGGCAGCGAGUCUGUGAGGUAUAGGUGAUGGUUAGCGCCGUUGACUUGGAGGGAGACAGACACGAGAGUAGCAACACUUAUAGGUGUAGAGUAUCAUAGUUUAACCCCAGUUUAUAAACAUGCUUAUUUCCAUGAGAAGUACAGAGUACAUUUGUGGAGUCAUUGACUCAGUUCCUAGCUCAGUUUCCAGUUUGGUCUUAUUUUAGAAUCCAUCAUUAAAAGUCCUCAAAAGUCUUGGCCUGACUUGGUAAAUUUAUCUAAAAUUAUCUUUGUGAUUCAUGACAAAAUGUACAUAGAAGAAAUUCAGCUUUAUAAUUACUGCACUUAAAUAUUUACAUCCAGUGUGUUUUUAUCUUUUUUUUCCCCAAAUGUAUACUUCUCUUUAUAAUAUUGUUAUAUUUAAGUAAAAUCUGUAUAUUUACAUCCCAUUUCUAAUCUGCAGGAACGCCGGAAUUUAUGGCGCCAGAGAUGUACGAAGAGCAUUAUGAUGAGUCUGUUGACGUCUAUGCUUUUGGAAUGUGUAUGUUAGAAAUGGCAACAUCUGAGUACCCAUACUCUGAAUGCCAGAAUGCUGCUCAGAUAUAUCGGAAAGUUACCAGCGUAAGUCAUGUCUGUUUUGACAAUAUCUGUUAUUUAAUGUGCAAGGGGCCGUAAACGGCAAAGGAAGACAAGGGCAAGGCAUGAUGAAAGUAAAGGGAUCAGGUUGGGUGCAGUAUUCACGAAAAAAAACAUUGCCUCUACUAUUUACACUAUUUACUUAUGUUGCAAUAGUAAUAAUAAAUGUGGGCUUUCUGCUUAGCUGUCUUUGAGAGAACAACAAUUUAAAGGACAGUUGUCGCCUCAAAUAUUUUUGAUGAUAUAAACAUUUCUUAAAGUCUUGAAAGGAAAUUGAUUUUGAAUUUUUUUUUUUUUUUUUUACGUAAAGUAAAUGUAAAAAAUGUAAAAAAUAAAAAAAGAGAGAACCUAAUCCCUGCCCUUUUAGUAUACGACUUGAUGCUUCAGCCAUAUACAUUCGCAGUGAAUGAAAACUAAAAGGUCUGAGGACGUGAAGGUAUGAGUUAUUUUUAUAUAUUUUUUUUUUACAUUUCAAAAUAUACAUCUACUUAAUUAACAAAAUGAUUGUUAUAAAAAAAAUAUAUAUUUUUGAGGUAAAAAAAAAUCUUUAAUGAAGAAGCAAGUAAGAUAAUGGAGCAACUUGAUUAUUCUUUGCCUUAUGUAUAUGAAUGACGCGAAUUAGCUAUUAUUCAGUAGAAAACUUUACAGCAACAGUACAUUCAGACACGGAUAGUUUAGUUUGUGGGUUAUUUUUUUGUUUUGUUUUGUUUUUUUGUUUAAUUAUCAUGUGCAAGUAGAAUACUUUAUAGUCUUUAAAUAUUUAAGCUAACUUUAAUUUUACAGCUUUAAGUAGAAACUUCUUGAAUCCCUUGUGUUCAGGAGUUUGAGAUUUGCAUAACGCUCACAAAGAAAGCAAUGUGUGCACCAGGAUUUGCUUUGGGCUUUUAAGCGACAAACCUGUUUGGUUAGAACACUCUACAAAUACAGGAAUACAUCGAUUUGAAGUGGUCAUAGUAUGUCUGUAUGCACAGUGCUUCAGUAAGAAACGCUAUGCAUGCUGGCGAUGGACAGUUCUAGCCCCACCCCCUUGCUGCUAGGGUAGUUUUUGGUAGGAGUAACCCUGUAAUGAAUUUGUUUUCCAUGGCAAUUUGCCCUUGAAUAUGUGAGAUGUUUCAUCAUUCCACACUAAAUUUAUUUUUAUUUAUUAUUUUUUACAGAUUUUGAUCUAUACGAGUAACCAUUUGUUUAUAUAAUCAUUCAGAUGCUGUGUACGUUUUUCUUUUGUUUUUAGUUUCUAAAUAGUUUUAAUACUACACAGGCAAUAUAAAUUCACAUACAAAAUUAUAUUUUUCACAGCAGCAUAUUUUCAAGUGAAGCAACAAAAUAAACAGAGAAAUGUAACACUACAAUAAUACAACAGUAGUGUGCCAAAAUACCAUCACAUUACCCCACCCAUGCCCCCCGAGAAAGGCCAUUCCGUUUCCCAGUCUUUUCCCCCUGGGAAACCAGGAAGGUAUAGUGCUUUUCUCCUCAGAGACACUCUUCCGCAACUCGGCAUCAAUAUCCACUAAAAAAUAAUUUAUACAAUUUAUAUUGUCUAUUAGGUGAUAGUACAGACACUCAUGGGAAUAAGCGUAGAAUUAAGGGGCCAAGUCAUCUUACUCCUCCACCUCGUGUUAUAGAAGGAUUCAUAAAAUGGCACACCAUAGGAAAAAUAAAGUGUCCAAGAGUGGUGAUAGGAAGGAUGUAUAUAGGAAGUGAGAUUAGAAGAAUGAGUUGGAAUUAAGGGAGAGUUUUUUUUUCUUCUUUCACUCACUGUGUACAGUUUUUGAUUAAUUUAUGACCUUGUACAGAAGGAAUUUGGUCAUAGGUCACAGCUAAUGGAUCCAGACAUAUGCCCUGGGGAACAUGUGUUAUUACAGAUGGCUUUUUCCAUGACACAUAAUGGUGUGGAGAUGCAGAGGUAUCCCAUGGGCAAAGUGUUUGAGGAUAAAUUAUGAUUCGGGAACUGUGCUGUGCAGAUGUCAUGCUUCUGUUAGAAUGAAUGGUGCUAGAUUGAGAAAUCUGUUCAGUUUGAAUAUUUUUGUUCGCACACUCCCCAAAAAUGUUGUAAGCAUCUUGCUUAAAGGGACACUAUAGCGACACUAUAGGCACCAAAAAACAUUUAGUUUAAUUAAGCAGUUUUUGUGUAUAUAGAUCAUGCCCAUGCAGUCUCACUGCUCAAUUCUUUGCUAGUCACACCUCCCUGCAUUUGACUUGCACAACCUUCAUAAACACUUCCUGUAAAGAGAGAUUGCAUGUUUAAAGUCCCUAAGUCUGUGUACUCUGUUAAUAUACUUCUAGAUCCUUCAUGAGCCUCUUGUGUGUGAUUAAAGUAACAAUCCUGUGGUAUUCAUGUUUUAUAUAAAUUAUAAGCACCUUUGAUUGCAAGAACACACUACUUAUGGCAUCACUAAUUCAUAUGUCUUUUAAAUGGCAAUGCACACAGAGACACAGUCUACAUAUAAAUUGACACACCACUUAAAGGGACACUAUAGGCACCCAGACCACUUAAGCUCACUGAAGUGGUCUGGAUGGAGUGUCCCUUUUUGCACUUUAUAUUGCAGCUCUAAGUCUGCCUUCAGUGGCUGUCUCCCAGACAGCCAGUGGAGGUGCUUCCUGCAUUGUAACAGACAUUUGAUCCGGUAUCUGAUGCUGGACGUCCUCACACUUUGCACAAUUUUUGUCAGAGAGGUCUAAUGCGUGCGCGGGAUGUCGGAGGGGGAGGAGAGUCAACCAAGCGCCAAGGGACAUCGACGCUGGUAUCAGUUAAGUAAAUAUUUUUAUUGUGCGCUGUUCACAUUGUUUGCGGUGUUCUUUAUUCUGUGGAACUAUCGUGAUUGGUUCCACAUUGAUAACUAGCCUCACUUUAGUAUUUAUUGCACUUUGAUAAAGUGCCACGUAUUGCACUUUAGCUGUUUUGUAUAAAGUAAAUAAAUGGUUUUAACCCUUUAUUCACUGUGAAGGGGUGCGUGAGGGAGGCAGGAGACAUGGGGAGCUAUAGUUCCAGGAAUACAGCUUUAUAUUCCUGAUACUUAUAGCAUCCUUUAAGCACAUGGGAUAUUGUCUGUCGCUGUAUAUAGUAUUUUUGAGAGAUAUGUACUGCACACACAUACUUAUCACUGUUUUGAAAAUCUACACUGAACAAAAUUAUAAACAAAACGCUUGUUUUUGCCCCCAUUUUUCAUGAGCUGCACUCAAAUAUCUAAGACUUUUUCUAUGUACACAAGGCCUAUUUCUCUCAAAUAUUGUUCACAAACCUGUCUAAAUCUGUGUUAGUGAGCACUUCUCAUUUGCCGAUAUAAUCCAUCCACCUCACAGGUGUGGCAUAUCAAGAUGCUGAUUAGACAGCAUGAUUAUAGCACAGGUGUGUCUUAGGCCGGCCACAAUAAAAGGCCACUCUAAAAUGUGCAGUUUUACUGUAUUGCCAGAAGAAACCAAUUAGGAGCGUCUGUUAGCACUCCUGAGCAAAGUCCUCUAAUACAGUACAUUGUGUAUGAAUUUCCAUUUCUCCUACACUAGUUGUAAAGGCGGAGAGCAGCACUCAGCAUAUACACUUACUUAGAAUAUGUGGGGGUACUAGGGCACUCAUGGCAACAUACCCACUAUAGCUGUUAUGGUGAGUGGAGUGUUCUUUUUAAAUAAACAAUAUUUUUGUGUUUACAUUUGUUUAGUUUUAGAAGCCUGCUUUAAAAAUAAAAAGUUUAAAUGUACUUAAACCCAGCGCUAAGACAGACCCUUCACUGCAGCCCUAUCCUCCUUCUAUAUUCACCAUGUCUGCCUGGUCCUAUCAAUUGCUUUUCGUAGAGAGAGAUUAUUGGACAUAUGCAUAUGCGGCUAUUAUUACAAUUACCAAUCCAGUGGUCCUAGAGGAGUAUUGAAUGCACCCCCAGUGCCUGGCUUCAACCAAUGUGACUUGUUGAUGUCAGAGAUUAAAUGAAUUCGGUUGUUGCAUUUUUUUUUUUAUUAUGAAGCUUUUAGUGCUUAUCUUCAUGAGACUAGCUACUUGGGUGUGAGCAUUUGAGUCGGGGCGUUGGCUUAAGCCCUGGCUGACCCUGGAAAGAAGGACGGCCGACUAGGCAUCAUGAGCAGCAGUAGGCUGCUGUCUUGAGUCCCAAAGUUCAAACCAGGACAAGCAGCUAUCUUCUGGCUGAAUUGCUGAUCGUAUCUAAACCAACUCUGUCCCCAACAUACUUUGUAUGCACACCAAAUUAAGUCCAGGUACUCAAACAGCGACAAGGUGCAUUCUGGAAAACGUCGGGACAGUAUACGUGCAAAUAUGGAAAAUCCCUGCAACCAGUUCCCAAACGUCCGUGGGAGUUGCUUACCCCUUUCCCCGUCCUGAGGCUCACCACACCGCGGCCUAUCCACCGAAUCCUUAUCCAGGGGAACCAGGAUAAGCAAGUCCAGCAUGUUCCUAACCAAAUAACCAUCCAACUCGCUAGCCCCAGGCAACCUAUCCACCACCACUACUCCGCAAGCGCAACAACUCCUGCUAAGCACCACACUGCGCUACCUGACCUUCAUGAAUGCUACCCCAAGCGCCUGCGCAUGCGGAUUCACCUCUGAAAUGAGCUGCCAUAGGGGGCCGUUCUGCUUGUCUUCAUUCCCGUUCCUCCUGGUCCUCCAGCUCCUCCUCCGACCCGCUGUCCAGCUCCUCCUGCAGCCGACCUCCUAGCAGACUGUUGGUCCUCCACUGCCCAGAGCCUCCAGGGACCUCUGGCAACCAAUGCCCAUUAGCCAGUGAAGUAUAUGGGACACCACCUCCUGGGUCCCUCAGCAGGCGUCAAAUCUGCUCUGCUCCACUUCCAGUGCCUCCCAAGCCUUCUGGAGGCUCCAGUGCUGGUUUUCUGCCACUUCCUGGUCUGCCGCCGAGGCUUGUGACGCCGCGACGUGCCAACGCCAUGUACAUGCCCCACAUCAUUUCCUGCUCCAAUCUCCUUCCGGCGCCAGCCAUCCUACAUCUUGACAUAACUUCCAGCUGGGCCGGAAGAGAAGCAGGGCUGCAAGGUGCGCUCAGCCAUCUUGGUCCUGCAACCGAAAUUGCCUACUCCUGGAGACCUGGAUUGCUCCUGCCACCGCUGUCACCAAUGAUCCUCUUGGCACUCCUGCUGCGUCCCGUGCCGCUCCCCCGAGCCAGCACUGCAUCCAGGGACCCCGACCCAUGGGAAGCCAUGUAAGCUUGCAGUGUCUUCUCUUAGGGAGCUUGGGAGACUGCAGCCAUUUUCGUCAGGAAUGUACACCAAGUAACAACCUAAAACUCCAGAUACUUGGAACAGACACUAGUGUUUCCUUUUUUUUUUCCUCUGCAUAUAUAUAUAUAUAUAUAUAUAUAUAUAUAUUUUUUUUUUUUUUAUGCAAUCCGUAAAGGAGCAAGACAAGGCAAGCUUGUUAACUAGGCUGCUUCUUGCAAGUGGUUAAUCCCUCCCCUCUGAUCCCCCUUUUGCAACAUUGUACCCAUUUUUUCCCCUCCCCUUCUAUGGGCAGCAGUCAUGCCUCCCCUUCCUUGGAAGUCCAGGGGAAUCCUGGAGAUUCAUUGUGUAUCUGGCUGUAAAGGCAGUAGCCCCAUCUUGUUAAAACCACAUUUCAGGAAGUUUUUUCUGUUUGCGUCAAAAUAAUGCACCUGCCAUUUUAAUAAAAUUCCACUAUUUUUAUCUGUUGUUUCUUUGUGAAAUUACCCAUUAUGAAUCUACCAAGACUUAGUUAUAAUAUGUACAUGCAACAAAAAAUUUAAUUACUAACAAAUAAGUUAUUUACCUGUUAAAUCAUACUCUGAAAUUUGGCUCAACUUGUAUAAAUAUUACAUGCAAUGUUGAACAUAUUCUAAACAAAACAAAUUUGGAAUUCUUGAAUAUUUUACACUUUCCUGAUGCCAAGUAUAUCUCCCACUUAAGUCCAAAGAUUUAAGGUGAAGUCCAGCACCUUAUAUACUUACUGUUCCUGCCUAUCCAUUAGCACACAUUUUGAUUAUCUAGAUAAUUUAUGUCUCUGUACUCGCAACCUGCGUUAUGUGUACCCCAAUGGAUAUGCAGAGAGGAGUCCUUACCUUCCUCAAGUCGGUAGGGAGACCAAAAGAUUUCACCAACUGGCUCUGCACUGCCUCGCUACAGUGAGGGAGCUUGCUGAUUUCAUGUGCACUGCAUGUGCAAAUCAUGGUCAGCUCCCUGAGGGACCUUGUUAGUCAGUGGGCUGUAGCUUGGUUUCCCAGCCUGCGUUUUGAGCCAUUCACUGAAAUUAGAAAUGGAAAAGUGCAUUUAAAGUGACACACAGCUAUAUAAACACACAUACACACUGCCUACAUUCACUCAAUCUCCCCUUCCCUUCAAUUUACAACCUUCCCACACAUACAUGUCAUUAUGCGCAACAGCAUCCUUAAACACCACACUACAUGUACAUAGAGAACAGCCCACAUGUAAGUUCAAAAUAUACAGACUGGUGGAGAGAUAACAGGAUAUGUUAGCUAGGAUGAAACUUUUAGAGAGGCACAGAGGUAAGCAGUAGCAUGGAGAGACAUUUUUCUUCCAUAGUGUACCUUCUUUGCUUGUGUGCAGCUAUAGGGAUACUAAUCAUUCUGAAAUAACCCCUCUUCUAUAUAAAAGGAUUGUAUAACUUCUAGUGGUGUAAUUAAAUGUUGUUUUCACAUUUUCUUGUAUCCUUGCUAUGACUUAAAUUAUAAAUAUUUAACAACAGCACUUAUCGCCCUUAUGACCGUUUUUAAAGGGAUUUUUUUUUCUUAUUACUCGUUAAAGGCUUAAAAUACCUGGCAAGUAUAAUUCUUUAGCGAGCAUCCCUCCAUAAAAUAAACAAUACGUUAUUGGCGACUAGAUAAUCUUGCUAUAAACAAUAUGUCAUAAUGAACAUGUGAAUGUACAAAUGAUACCAUGGACCCCAUGCACAAAUUACUAAAUAGGUAGUAAACCGUACAGAACAAGAGUAACAAUCUAGACCACAAUCUAUAUCUGAAAAUCCACAAAAAAUAAAUGUUACAAACUAGGGCUUGAAAAAUGUUAUAUUCUACGAGUAAACAAGUAUGACACGUACUCUAUCAUGAAGUGAUUUUGGGGCACAGAUGCGGUCCCUGUUCUAGCACAGGUUUCCUUUUCAAAUGACUUAAUUUGGGGUGCAUACAAAGUAUAUGGGGAACAGAGUUUGUUUAGGUACAGUCAGCAAUUCUGUCAGAAGAUGGCGGCUUGUCCUGGUCUGGACUUUGGGACUCAAGACUGCAGCCUGUGUGUCUGUUGGCUCUUCAAUGAGAGUCACUGCAGGUGGUAUUCCUCCUGCGGGUUUCGACACCAAUGUUUCCAUUGCAGGGGAGCUCAUCUCGCACUGUGGUGUUUUAAGAAGGCAAAACAGCCGAUGCCCCCAAAAAGUUCAUGAGACGACAUUACUAGGGGUGUGGAUGGCUCGGUGGCUUGCCCAGUAUCCUAAAACGUGGGAAGCAAGGACUUUGGAGGAGGGUUUUUCAGUUGGGUUCUGGAUCCCUUACAUGUUGUCGGUGGAGGCACGGUUUUCGGAUAACUUACGUUCAAUUCAGGGUCACGAACGGCUUUUAGCGGAACAACUGUCGAAGGAGACUGCAUGGGGUGCAUUUCUGGCCCCUUUGACGUUCCCCAUUUUCCUUAUCUGUGGGUGUUGCCGUUGGGUUUAGUUCCAAAAAAGUAAGCGGGUGCCUUUCGGUUGAUUCAUCACUUGUCCUACCUAGCUGGGAGUUCAGUGAAUUAUAUCAUCGAUAAGGAGUUAGCAGGGUACAGAAUGCAUCGCUUGACUUUGGAAAUGGUUCACACGGCGGGGGUGGGUUCGUGGUUGGCCAAGUCUGACAUUGAAUCUGCGUUGUUUUUUUCAAUCGUCUGGCUUUUCCUCUGUUACGCGCUAUCUCAAUGAUUUUCUCUUUGUUGGUCCUCGGGAUAGUGAUGUGUGUGCCCGGUUGUUGUCUGGAUUUCGGCUUGUUGCUUUCGAAUUUGGGGUCCCAGUGGCAGAACCGAACACAGAGGGCAGCUGUGGCAAAGGCAGGUGUUGUUGGGUCACCUGGCGUUUGUGUGUCAGGUUUUUCCGAUGGGUAGGGCAUUUUGUUGGCGGUAGUCUUUGGCGACGGUGGGUGUUCGGGAGCCGCAUCAUUACUUACGGAUCACAGCCAAGCUUCGGACGGAUUUGCAGGUUUACCCUUUUUGGGUCAUUACAAUGGGCUGCCGGAAGUGGUGUCCAAUUCUGAAUUGCACCACUAUACGGAUGCGUCGGGUUCUGUGGUGUUUGUUUUUUUUCUUCCGGGGUAAAUGGUGUGCGGCGGGUUGGCCUUUAGGGUGGCAGGAUCAGGAUUUUAUGAGGAAUUUGACGUUUUUGGAUUUGUUCCCGUUCAUGGUUGCCAUGGCCCUGUGGGAGGAGCAGCUCAGGGAUAGUAUGGUGGUUUUUCACACGGACAACAUGAGUGUGGUCCAUAUGAUUAACCCCUCACCCUCAGAGUCACUGCCGAUCUUGUCAUUGCUGCAGCAUCCCGUUCUGUUGUUUGAUAUUUAAUGUGUGGAUGAAUGCUUGGCAUUUGCCGGGCGUGAAGAACAUGGUGGCUGACUCUUUCUCGGUUUAAGUGGGACCAGUUUCGAGAGUCUGCUUCAGAGGCGGAACGAGAGGGACGGCCCUGUCCUCAGUACUUACAUGACCUGGUUUUCGAGGCUUGAUGUUUUUGGUGUCCUUGGCCCGUCCACAUGGAGAUCAUAUCAGGCAGUGUGGGCGGAGUGGCUCGCAUUACAGGAUGUAAGCAGGUUGUCAUUGGAAUUGGGGCAUUGCAAUUUGAGGUAACGUUAAGAUAUAUGUGCCUCUUGCUGGAGCGGGGUAGGUCUUGUGCGUUGGCAGAGAAGGCGUUGGCUGCAUGGUCUUUUAAUUUUUAAUUUCUUGGGUUGGAGGGACAUUAUGAAGGAGUUUUGCUUACUGGUCUGAAUACUUUGUGGAUGUACGAAUCAGGAAGUCGAACGGAUCGGGUUGGGGAAAGGGGCCUGGCUUUGUAUUGGGGCAUUCGGAGGGGAAAUUUGUCCGGUCAAGUUUUUUCAGGAAUAUUUCUUGGUGCGUCCAUUGGGUUCUCCCUCGCUGUUGAAUCACGCAGAUUGGUCACCGCAGACACGUUAUCAGUUUGCUAUGGUUCUUCGAAAGCUCUGUCUGCGUUGGACCAGGAUGCGUCUGGGUACUCGUCACAUUCAUUUCUUAUUGGGGCGGAUAUAUUGGACGGCCAGGCGAGCGGAGAAUAGCUCAUAUGGUCGGAACUUGGGGUUUCCAUGUGACGUGGCACGUGUUCGUUGGAGGGGUAUUCAAAGUUUAUCGUGGGAUCAAGUUUAUUCUUAGCAGGUUUGUGUCAGGGGUCUUUAUCAUUGUUACUCAUGCAGGCAGGAAUUAUUUGGGGCGGGUUCGGACCUUAGAUUUGGUUCACUCCGUAGAAGAACUGCGGUGGUGUCGGUGGCUAUAGCAACCCUUUAAGAUCAUUGUAGCAGAGUAUCCUAAUGCUAUGAUAUUCCAUAAAAGAAACAAAAUCAAUCCAAAAUCUUUAUUUGGGCAAUCUAGGCAAUUGAGAAUAGAAGUAUAUGUAUUUGUUUCAAACCUGAACCACAGUUCUGUAUCUGCCUGUAAAAUGGGACACUCCACUGCCCAAAUAAAAAUAAAAAUCACGGUCUACUUGGUAUGCCCCCAGUGAAAGCAUGGAUUUCAGUAUGCAACAUUUAAAAAAAACUCGCAGAAACUACAGAUCUCUUGUUAAGCCCUCCCUUCUAACCCAACCCAGACUGUCGGUCGAAUCACAGACUUGCAAUGCAGCUCAAUGAGAAGUCUUUGCAAGACAGUUGCUCUGAGCAAUUGCUGCCUCUUGAAUUUAGCUCUGUAACAAGCUUAAUUUAUAAAAGUGCCAUUUUUUUAUUGCAAUCUGCACUAUUUGUAAAAUGUAAAGGACAGGACACAUUCUUCGCACAUAAAGCACUUCAGUAAGCUGACAUGACAUGCUUUAGGGGUCUCGAGUGUCCCUUUAAAUCAGGGUACUUGGCUGCUAUCCAUAUUUCUUCUUUCAUGUUAACGUGCAAUACCCAUACCUAUUUGUAUAUUUAACCCCCUCCUCCACUGCGGAAUGUGUAACUACGCAAUUAAAUAUUAAUUCUCUGAAUUAUAAUCUAAUACAUGCUAGGGCUCUCUUAUCCCUGUGAGUAUAUGGCAUGUGGCAUCGCUGAUGGAAGUUAAUGAUUAUUUUCUGCUGUUGGACAAGUAAAGAUCAAUCUGAAAAUGAUCAGCCACGUGGGUGUCUCUGAGCCAUCUGCUGAUCAAGGUCAAUUUCGGAGCUGCUGAGGCGUGAAGUGUUCCCUCUGUCUUACAAUUUACAGGACUUUUCCAGCCACUGGCGUCACUCAGUAACUCUCUGGGAUAUAGAUAAUCUUUUUUUUUUUUUUGAGCAUUCUAUUCUAAAUAAAUGAGAAUUAAAAUACAAAUCAUACGAGCACCAGUCAUAAAUGAUCUUCAUACCAGCGGCUAAGGCCUGCAUUGGUUCAAAAUGCUUAACCUGCAUUUUGGCUCAAAAUAUUCACAAAAAUUUCCAUCCCAUCAUGGCUCCCUCUGUGUACAAUACUAAAAAAAAACAACCCACCACUACAUUCAUCCAAACUAUAAAAAAAAAACUAUUCUAUCUAAAUAAAUUGCACCUGAAUUGAAAAAUCAAUAGUUCCACUUGAUUCUAGAAAUCUCCCUAUACACACAAUUUAAUACAGAUUAAUUCUGAUUUUAUUUUUUCAUCAAACUGGCAGAUAUUGAAAAAUAAUAAAAUCUAAAAAAAGUGUAAGGAAUUUUUUCCAUGUUCCUUUUUUAACGUUGAAUGUCAUACUGUUAGCAUUUACUGCAAUAAAAUAUACAUAUUUGUGUUAAUCAGUGUCUCGCGAGUACAACUGUACCCACAUGUACUUUUUUUUUUUAUAGGGUUUUGAAAACUUACAGGGUCAAAUAUAGUGCUUUUCCCUUUUCAGUGUAUUCACAUUGAAAUUUGCCAGAUUGGGUUGUUGGGCCUAUGUUACUUUUGAGACAUUAUGGCAGCCCAGAAAUUAAAAUUACCACUGUCAUGGCAUAACAUUUGCAAACGUAGACAACCCAGGGUACUCAAGAUAGGGGUAUGUCCAGUCUUUUUUAGUAGCCACUUAGUCACUAACCCUAGCCAAAGUUAGUGUUCAUAUUUUUGUUUUUUUUGCAUUUUUUUCAUACAAAAACUGCCCUUUCACUGAUGAUACAAUUUUCAUUAUGUUUUAUUGCCCUAAAACACUCAUAUUUUUGUUCAGUGAUGUCUCAUGAGUAUUUUUUUUAUUUAUUUUUUGGCUUUCAAUCAGGCAACAGGCUGUAUUACUAACUGGUUUGGUUGGCUCAGUGGAGCUAAACUUGAGAAGAAGCAAUUGCCCAGAGCACCUGCCUUGCACAGACUUCUCAUGGAGCUGCAUUGGGAAUUCUGUGAUUGGACAGUCACAGAAAGCCUGGGCGGGUUAGAAGGGGAGGACUUGCAAAGGAAGCAGAGGAUAUCUGCACGUUUUACAAGUUGUUUCAAUAUGCCCCCAAUAAAAACAAUGGUUUAUAUGGGGUAUUUUUCUUUUUUCUUUUUUUUUUUUUAUUCUUAUUUUUUUGGCAGUGGAGUGUCCCUGUAAAUGUGAAGAUUUGAAAGAGCUGGUGUUGCAUUUCUCCUGCUUUACAGAUAAGCCUACCUGCCCAGCACUGAACUUCUUGUCAAGCUCCAGAAUACGUUUUUUAUUUUUCUUCUUUCUUCCAUCUUGACGAGUCAAUGAGUCCACAACUUUUGGGUGCUCCUGAAAGUUAAACCCAACAGAUCUGCUGUUCAGGCCCAGGACCUGCUUUUCUAAAUGUAUUUGUUCCUUAAAAAUGUUUUUUUUCUUUUAGAAUGUAAUAGCCAGAGGCACAUUACAAUAUAUCUCCUAUUGCAAUCAAUUACGCUGAAGGUCUGUAUUAUGAAGGAUUAGAUCUAUGACUCAUGUGUCUGUCCAUGUGACCCCAAGGAUAGGUCACCAACACUGAGAAUACAAACAAUGUUAAUUUCUAUGAUUUAUACUUAUUUCCCUCUCUACUUCCUGAUCGGUUUGAGUAAUAGACAUUUGCACAGAUAUCUAAAUAUUGAAUACAAUGUCUUUCUUUUUCAAAUAUCUGCAGGGUGUCAAACCAGCAAGCUUUGAGAAGGUGUCAGACCCAGAAAUCAAGGAAAUUAUUGGGGAGUGUAUCUGUAAAAAUAAACAAGAAAGGUGAGGAUGUAUGGAGAAUCUAUUGCAUUAUAUAUUGGAUGUGCCCAUGUUUUCUGUGUAGAUGUUUCUCUUUAAUGGUCAAGAAAUCGUGAUGCUCCUAAUAGAGAUGCCUUUAUAUCGACCAGCUGCAGAAUUUUGCUUCUUCUUAUGCAGCUCAUGUCUUGACAAUUUAUUUGCAAUGAGUCAGCUAAACUGCGGACAGCCAUGGUAAAUAAUGUGCUGUCACUUAAAGCGGUUUCUUUUAUCGAAAACAAAAUACUCUCAGGGAAAGAAAAUGCAUAGCCUCGAACCCUUAAAUCCUAGACACUACACUUUAAUGCUAUGUAUACAAAUGUGUGCAGGGCAGGGUUUCUGAAAAAUAGGUGAUGCUAAAUAUUCGAAAGCUAUUGAGGAAUCACUUUUGCCUAAACACGGUUAGUUUCCUGAAAUUGCUUUGCUUGGGAAAUUAUAUUACAAAUGAAUAAACUCAGUGUGUCUUGAACUUGUCUCUGGGUAGUUAAUAUGCCGUUGUUGCAUUAUUAAAAAGAAUAACAAUUGAGCAUGCACAUGUGAUUGUGAAUAGGAAGCACAUUUGUUGUAUAGUAUUUUUUUUUUUCUACAAUAUGUUUGGUGAGCUAGCAUGUCAGAAUUACAGAGGUACUUGUACAAAUGUUCAAAAUGUCAACUGUUAUUCUUAAAAUGCUCUAAAAUAUGUGCAACAGCCAUUCAACUUAUGCAACAUAAAGUUAAAUAAUAAAAUUAUAGAAAAAAAAUGUGCAGAAUCAUUUUGCAUUUUUGUUUUUCAGAUAUGAGAUUAAAGAUUUAUUAAGCCAUGCCUUCUUUGCUGAAGAUACUGGGGUUAGAGUGGAACUUGCUGAGGAAGACCAUGGGAGAAAAUCUUCCAUUGCCUUAAGACUCUGGGUAGAAGAUCACAAAAAGUUAAAAGGGAAACCCAAAGAUAAUGGAGCCAUUGAGUUUACUUUUGAUCUGGAAAAAGAAACUCCUGAUGAUGUUGCACAAGAAAUGGUAACAUUUAUCCCUCUCCCUCCUCAGUUUUUACUUUUUAUUUUUAUUUAUUUUUACAAGGCUCCUCAAUAGCUAUAGACCUGUAACUCCUUAUCACGUAACUUACUUUUGCAUAUGAGCCACUUUCUCCAUUGUCAGUGGUGGAGGUGCCAUCCCUACUGUUUUGUGGAGAGUAAGGAAGAUUUGCCUUUUUAGGUGUGAAUAUUGCAGUUACUGUUUUGUGCUAUAAAGAUACUAGAUCCCAGAAUUUGACUGCAUUAUUAUAGCAUGAGCCGCUAUGGAACUGUGGGGAUUUAGUAAAAGCAGAGGCACAGUUUAAUGGAAGUAGACAAAAAGCAUCAUGGGAUUUGUAGUUCUGCUGCAGCUGGGGUUCUGCGCCCUGUCCACACCUUGUUCAGAGUAAAUUUAUGUCCUCAGCAAUCAAUCUGAUUUUGUAAUUCUUUAUUUUAGUUGCGCAGGUAGGUACAUCGUUUCCAAAGACGCCACAACAGCGUGUAUCAACAUAUGUCAACAUAUAAUAAGGGUGUUACAGUGGCUUGCGUGUUUGCGCAUUUUGUUUCUAUGCAGAAGCCUGGUUACAAUCAUUGCCUGUAGUACGAACAUCAUUUGGCAUUAGUAGCUUAGCAAGUUAUUAGCCCGUUAUAAGCAUCAAGGUGUGUUGUAGUUGAAUGCAAAUAUAUCUUUGGAUGUCGAGAGCUAAUUAUUGCAGGCUAGGCAGCAGUUCCGUGUGACAUUCUAUCUUGUGCUCUGUAGCGUGAGCUCAUCCAUUGCCCAAGGUGUGACGUUAGGGUACAUGUAUGCUUAGGGCCUUAUAGAUAAACUAGUUAGCACUAGGUAAGGUUUAACUGCUGCCACUAUUGUAAACUACGCUGAGUGUUAAAGCGGCACUGUCAUGCCGAAUCCCGUUUUUUUUUUAACCCCCCUCCCGCCUCCACUACAUCCAAUUGACCCACUAGUCACCCCCAAAUGCCCCUAAGCCCCCCAGAUUACCUAUUUUUUAAUCCUUAUUUUCUGCCCCGAUCUUGAUUCAGGGCGCCGCCAUCUUUGUGUGGGUAGGUGAAGUCCCUCAGGGACACGUCAUCAGCCCACACUAGGCAGACACUGAGAUUCCCGCACAUGCCCAGUGAAACACCUGGACAUGCGAACGGGAAUUUCAUCUAUUCACUCAUUCAUCAGACAGACGAAUGAGUGAAUAGAAAGAUCAGCCGAACAAACUAACACAAUGUAUCAGUGUAUCUGAGUAUCAGUGUUAGUUUGUUCGUGCAGGUUAUUACAAGGAGGGAGCUACCGGCACGCAGCUCCCUCCUUGUAAUAUGUAACUAUAGAAGCGGCAGGGAGCAGUGCUCCCCACCACUUCAUAAGCCCCCCCAGUACCCCCUCUCACUCUAUGGGGGUCAAUAUGACCCCCAUAAUAGCACAAGGGAGAUUAAAAUCUCCCAAAUGCCCCUACUCGCUAUACCGCGAGUAGGGGCAUGUCUACUAAACAGUGAGCAUCCUGUGGCUGCUCAUUGUUGAAAAAAAAGACAUAAAUUACAAUAAGGGGGCGGACCUAUUGUCCUCCCCCCCUCCCCCACCCUGAGCGGUGGGUGGGGGCCAUGAAGAUAAUGAGGGGGGGGGGACCUACUGUCCUCCCCUCCGGCUCCCACCCCUGAGCGGUGGGUGGGGGCCCUAAUAAAACAAUAAGGGGGGGGACCUACUGUCCUCCCCCCCUGGCCCCCACCCCUGAGCUGUGGGUGGGGGCCCUAAUAAAACAAUAGGGGGGGGGGACCUACUGUCCUCCCCCCCUGGCCCCCACCCCUGCGCGGUGGGUGGGGGCCCUAAUAGAACAAUAAGGGGGGGGGACCUACUGUCCUCCCCCCGGCCCCCACCCCUGAGCGGUGGGUGGGGGCCCUAAUAAAACAAUAGGGGGGGGACCUACUGUCCUCCCCCCCUGGCCCCCACCCCUGAGUGGUGGGUGGGGGCCCUAAUAAAACAAUAAGGGGGGGGACCUACUGUCCUUCCCCCCCCCCGGCCCCCACCCCUGAGUGGUGGGUGGGGGCCCUAAAUGAAACACCCCCCCCCCAAUCAAGGUGACUAGGGGUCCCAAGCCCCUAGUCACCACCCCCCCCACCCAAAAAAAACUAUCCCCUACCUACCCCCCUCACCCUACAAAUAGUGAGGGGGGGAAUAAAAUAACUAACCUGUAAAAAAAAAUAAUUAAACUUACCAUUUGACGUCUUCUUUUUUCUAAAAUCUUCUUUCUUCAGCCCCCAAAAAGGCCAAAUAAAAAUCCAUUACACUCGUCGCACUUAAAAAAACAAAACAAAAAAAAACGAGCGCAAAAAAAAAAUUAAUCCAAGUUCGCCCUUCAAGGGCACGCCGCAUACUGAGCUCCGCAGGGCGGGUCAAGGCUUAUAAAGCCUUGCCCCGCCCUGCAAUUAGGCUUAGAACACUCUGAUUGGUGGGUUUAAGCCAAUCAGAGUGCUCUGAGUCAUUUUACACAGCGUGGGAAAGUUCUUUUGAAUUUUCCCACGCUGUGUAAAAUGACUCAUAACACUCUGAUUGGGUGGCUUUCAGUAGGUCCCCCCCCCCAUUGCUUUACUGGGGCCCCACCCACCGCUCAGGGGUGGGGGCGGGGGGGAGACAGUAGGUAUUUUAUUGUUUUACUAGGGCCCCCACCCACCGCUCAGGGGUGGGGGCCAGGGGGGGAGGACAGUAGGUCCCCCCACUUAUUGUUUUACUAGGGCCCCCACCCACCGCUCAGGGGUGGGGGCCAGGGGGGGGAGGACAGUAGGUCCCCCCCCUAUUGUUUUACUGGGGCCCCCACCCACCGCUCAGGGGUGGGGGCCAGGGGGGGAGGACAGUAGGUCCCCCCCCUUAUUGUUUUACUAGGGCCCCCACCCACCGCUCAGGGGUGGGGGCCAGGGGGGGAGGACAGUAGGUCCCCCCCCUUAUUGUUUUAUUAGGGCCCCCACCCACCGCGCAGGGGUGGGGGCCAGGGGGGGGGACAGAAGUUCCCCCCCAUAUCUUUAUUUAGGGCCCCCACCCACCGCUCAGGGGUGGGGGCCAGGUUCCCCCCCAUCUUUAUUUAGGGCCCCCACGGGCAUGGGGGGGGGUUAUUAGUUUGUUUUUGUUUUUUUUACAGUGAGCAGCUAUAAGCUGCUCACUGCUUACUACACAUGCCCCUACUCGCGGUAUAGCGAGUAGGGGCAUUUAAUUUACUAAUACUAAGUAAUCUUUACUUAGUAUUAGUAAAUUUGGCUGAAAGACCAAUUUAGGUCUUUCAGCCUUUUAGUAGAUAGCUCCCUGAUACUGUGGGAAUUAGGGAGUUAUCUACUAAGCGGCUGCAAGAUGCAGCCACAGCAAUGAAUAGGAUCAGAGUUUCAUUCAUUAGAAUGAAAUUCCGAUCCGAAUAAAGUGCCGAAUUGCGUUCUAAAAGAAACGAACAUACUGUUCUCAUUCAGUUAGAACGCAAUUCGGCAGUUUUGUGGAAAGUGACAGGAAGCAUUGUGGGAACACAGAGGGAAGGUAAGGAUCAUGGGAAAAUUGCUCUGACCAGCGGAAAUGAAGCACACUUUGCUCCUCCGCUGGUCAGAGCUGGUCAAGCGGAGGAAUCCUCCAUAAGGCAAAGAGUCCCUACUUUGUCUUAUGAUUUUAAAGAAAACUAAAGAAGACAGGAAGAAAAGAAUAACAGAUCCCGAGAGAGGGGGAGAAGAGGAAGAGAUUGAGGAAAGGUAAGUUCGUCAUGACAGUGCUGCUUUAAGUGAAGCUAGUGGCGUAGUAGGCGCUGGUAUAAGGUAGUGUCCGCUGGAAUUAAACUGGUUAAAACAAUAACACAACACACACAAAAAUAAAGUGGAACAUCGUGUGUACGUUGCCGUUUCAGCAAAGUUCAGGUGUGAGAUUUUGCAAAUUUCGGCAGUGACAUUAAGAAUAAGUACACAGUUUUAAAUUAUUAAUGAAGAGCUUAGGCGCCGCCUCGAGGAGCAACAGUACAGGUAUCCGCAUUAACGUUUCGUGCCGGGUGGGUAGCUGUGUGUUUGGUCGUCCGGGGGGGCUCAACCUGUUUGUGUGUGUGUGGGUCAGUGGCGAUUUAGUCACGUGAGGGAAUGUGCCCAGGGGGGUCACUCACCGUUGUGUUCUAUGAGAUCAGGGCGCUGGGUGGUGACUAGAUUAGGCGGGGAGGGGGUACCCCAUUGUAAAUGCGGUCUGUCGGAGGUGUAGCGGUCGCGUCCGUCCAUCCGGUCGCCCGUCAGGGUGCCCUCGGCCCGGUGUCACCUCUUAGUGUAGUGGGGGGCCCUUUGUCAGGACGGAGGAGGGGGUUUGUGGUGGUCCUGCUUGCGUCUGCCUAUGAUCGGGUAGUAAGUCAUCGGCUCUCCCAAAGUGAGUCAGUGGGGGGGGUCCUCUCCUGCCCUGUGAUUGUGUGUGUCCUGGGACAAGUCUGCGUCUGGGGGAGGUAUCGUGUGUCGGAGGGUGUGAGUGGAGGAGGCGAUAGCCCUGGUUACAUCAACAAAGCAACCUGCAUGGGUGUAUGUUUGCAUGGUAUGGUGCGGUGUUGGUGCGGGUCAAAUAUGGCAAAGUUCAGUUCAGGUGGUGGCCUUGGCAUAGGAGUCCAUGGGCGGCCUCCGGGAUACAAACUCUGGGGCGUUCGCGGAGUGUCUUCGGAGUGGGCGCCUAUGGCCUGCUGGGUGCGUCGCUUGAGCCAGUGGUUCUGUGGGGAGGUUAAGUCACCCAAGUGUCCCUGUGGCCUCUUGCAUGUCGUGGACAACGUGCUUGGUGCCUUCCUGGACGAUGUGGAGAGCGCGGCCCGGGCCCCAGCGGUAUCGUAUUUAGUGGAGGCGCAGGAGGGCCGUGUAUGUACUCAUGGAUCUCCUCCACGCCAUUGUCCCUCCCGAGAGGUCCGUGUAGAAGGAGAGGGUCAUCCCUUCGAAGGGGUAAGCUGACUGACCUCUUGUGGCCUCGAGGACCGCCUUUUUGUCCCUGGCUGAUUGAAACUGGAGUAUUAAAUCCCCUGGGGCGGCCUUUGCUGGUCUUGGUAUGCGAAAUAGACUCUCCAGGGUGAUCGCUUUCGCUGCCUUUGGGGUUAACAUCUCAGUGAGGAGUCUUCUAACGAAGUGUGGGAGUUCAGCCUCUGGUAUGGAGUCAGGGACCCCCCUGAUUUUUAGGUUGUUUCGGCAUGGCUUGUCUUCUUGGGCGGCUAUUUGUUGUUCAUGCUGCCAGGAUUUUUGCUGCAGAUCCUUGAUCGCUGCUUGAAGGUCUGCGAUCUGGUUAGUGUGGUUGGAUGAGGAGGCCUCUACCUCUCCCAACCUGUCAGUUAUGCCUUUGAUAGCCUCUCUAAUCAGGGCCACUUUGGCUGCGAUCUUCUUAUGAUGGUGUGCUAUAAGCUCCCCGAUAGCCUCCAUGGUCACAGGAGUGGGGGCUUUCGCAUCUGGUGGCGCCUGUGGUGGCGGUGGGAUUGGCAGGGCCAUAAUGGGGUCUCACCCUUCUUCGUCUGACUACCCGUCUGUGAAGUCUGAGCCGCCUCCGUGCAGGGACGCCAUCUUGGCUCCUGCUGCAUCGUGCGCCUGCCGCCAUAGUUCCCCCAUGUCCAUGCUCUGGCGGGGCUUGUCGGGCUUCGCCUUCCUGCUCUUGCGGUCCAUUUGGUCUUUGUGGUUCACAGGGUCGCACCUGGGUAAGUUUUGGUUUGAGUUUAGUUGCCUGAAAAUAUUGCUUAUUUGGCUCUCUAGCCUGGAGCUCCGUGGCCAUGCAACCCUCUGCUCCAAGCGCUUAGCUCCGCCCCCCUCAGCAAUCAAUCUGCACGUACCCUCAUGACUAAUAACAAAACAGCUGUUAAUCUUACAAUUGACUAGGCUCAAAUUCUGAAAUAAUGGCUCACACACUUUGUUUUAAUAUAUUGAAAGAUUUCACCAAUUAAAGAACAAAACAAAAUGUUAACCGUACUGCUGUAUCACCUAACACAUUUUGGAUCCAUGUAAAGGAUAAUAUUCAGUUGUAACUAGUAAGUAAUAGCAGUAUGAUUACUAGUUCUUGUGUUUGUGUUUGUGUGUGUCAGUCAGCCAAGAGACUCCUCUCUCUGCCUGCCCUUUGUUCGAUAGAUGACAUACUGCUCGCUCAUUAUUUUUCUCUUACUCUCCAGGAAUUUACUGAUCCUUCUGAUGCUCGCUGUUCUAGAAAAAAUUGUUCUUAUGGCUUGGGCACUCUUUUCAUUUACGUUCAAAACUGAUUCUCCACUGCAUGAACAAUGCAGCUUUAAAGGAUUCUAUAGUGCCAGGAAAACAAACCAAAUUUCCUGGCACUAUAGGCUCUUGGAAAGCCCCCCUCCCUCGGCGCUGAAGGGUUUAAAAAACCCCUCCCUCAGCGCUGGUGACCUCUUCUCCCCCGCCGACAUCUGCUCCUGAGUGGAGCCGAAUGCACAUUCAAACCUGCUCAUAGGAAAGCAUUAGUCAAUGCUUUCCUAUGGGGAUCUUAUUUGACGCUGGACUCCGUGAGGAUGUCAAAUAAGUGCCAUUUACUCUGUGUAAAUCACGGAAGCGGCCUCUAGUGAUUGUCAGGGAGACAGGCACUAGAGGCUGGAUUACCCCUGAGUGUAAGCAUAGCAGUUUCUCUGAAACUAUGUUUUCACCUGCAGGGUUAAAACUGGGGGAACCUGGCACCCAGACCACUUCAUUGAGCUGAAGUGGUGUGGGUGCCUAUAGUGGUCCUUUAAUAUUAAUGGGCUGAAUUUUUUGAAAUUACCUUUUGUAACCGUUUUCAGCUUUUCAAAGUGUCUUCAUUCACUUAUUUACUAGAAUCAAACAGGUGAUUAUAAGGUGAAUAUCUGUUCACACACUAAUCAUAACCUGUUAAUUCUGUGUAUCCAUAUAUAACCAAGAAAGAAAAAGUGCAUGAUGGUUAAAGGAACACAAUAGUAUUAGGAAUACAAACGUGUAUUCCUAACGCUAUAGUGCUGGAGUACCAGUUUAGGUUCUAAGCCCCCCACAGUAAGGAGUUAAGAUAGCUUUACUCACCUUUUCUCCAUCGCCGUGCUUGUCUUGCUGCAGCUCUAUGGCUGAGAUCAUCAAUCUUUAUAACUUCAGCCAAUCCAAUGUUUUUCCAUAGGAAAGCAUUGGGAGGCUAUUACUCAUGCGCUGCAAAAUGCCACGCUGCGCCAAUCCGCAUCUGCUCAUGGAGAUGCAUUGAGUCAGUGCAUCUCUAUGCCAAGUGUCCAGAGUCUUCAUGCAGAGUGUGGAGACGCUGAAUGUAGUUGCUGCCAACAAUGCAGCACUGAACUUGGAAGCACCUCUAGUUUCUGUCUGAGUGACUCACUAGAGGUGUUACUAGGCAGCAACAUAAAACACUACCUUUUCUCUGGAAUGGAAACCCUGCAGGGCUAUGCUAUAGACACCAGAACCACUACAUUAAGCUGUAGUAGCUCUGGUAACUAGUGUAUCUUUAAUAACUCAUUUCAAACAGUGAUCGUCCCAUGUAAGGAGCAGUUUCAACCAAAAGUAAAACCAUUGCAAUGAAAAUAAAUUAAAUUUUGCCACUUGCUGCACUGCCCCAGAUUUUAUUGUAGGUUUUCCAUACAACCUCCUCUACCUGGAAGAUGAAGAAUCACUUAUGAGGGUGUGUGGCAGUCUGUGAAUAAUGUGCCACCUGGUGUACCUAGGUCAUUGAAGGGGCAGUGAUGUCUACAUGAAUAGCUCAAAUGCUACAUCAAAACAAAAAAGUUGAGUUUAUUUAUACUAAGCCUCCUAGCUGCAUCCAAUAAUCUAACAUUGCAGGCUUUAGUAUGUAAGGUGAACUAAUGUUUUAAUUAUAGUCAUUCUACUUCUUCUACUCAAUAAAGAUGAGGUUCUAUUGUGCACUGAACUGGUACUUUUUAUAGAAUGUAAAAAUAAAUAAAUCAAGAGGUGACAAGUGUUUUUCUGUAGGUGGAGUCUGGAUUUUUCCACGAAAACGAUGUGAAAAUUGUUGCCAAGUCCAUACGUGAUAGAGUUGCAUUAAUCCAAUGGAGGAGAGAGCGAAUGUGGCCAGAGGGUGGGCAGAGAGAGGGGCUGGAGCAGCCGCAGUUGCCACAAACCUCUGUCGCUCCACCUGUACGCUCAUCCCACACAGGCCAACUAAUCUGCCCAGAGCAAGAGGAACUAGAUCCGGACCAGCGCACAUUUCACCCAAAGUUACCUGCCAGCAUCACAUCCGUGGCAUGUAAGUCUCUCUCCUUUCUCUGUUUUAAAUUUAACAGCUUGGAUUUGAACUCGUAUUAUUCUCAAUCUACCUCUAAAUGCUAUGGAAUUAUUAGUGUGGAGCUGGAUAACUAGUGAACUGUAAAAAGUAUGAAAUAAAUAAACUUUACACACACAUAUAUACAUAUAUAUUAUACUGAUAUAUAAUUAUCAAACUAUUCACUUUUAAGAUUUUGUUUUAGAAACCAUUUGCAACAUGCAAAUAAUUCUACACAUUGGCCAGCUGAGAUAAAGUAAUACUGCUUUAUAGUACAUUUGUUAAUAAACAAAAGUUUUGGGGGUUUUUUCCGUUUUUUUUUUUUUUUAUCUCCGAGUGAAUGGAAUGGGCUUGAUAGCUGUUGCGCAUGGUUGAACAUCUUUGUAUAGGAAAAUGCUAUACCUCUGCUAGGACGUUUAAUGCCAGAGACGGGGGAGGAAUUACUAACCCUAUGACAAAACACUAAAACUCUGUGUAUAUUCUAUUAUGCAUUUCAGGGGGGGGGGGGGAGAUAUCUAUAAAAAAAUAAAUAAAAACUGCAAAGUAUAAAUUUCUUUCAUUGUUGAGUUAUUUUUCAGAUAAGCAUAAUGCCCGGUAUCAAAUCACAUUUAAAUAUAGGUUACAUCAGUGAGAAGUAGUUAUAUAAAAUUGAAUAGUUUGUUUAGGUUUUUUUUCUGUUGUAUUUGUCUGACCUCUGGCUUGCAGUGUAGGCAGUGAUGUAAGCUCUGCUGUGAUAUAGUUGCUUCCUGCAUAGGAAACUGUCAUGUUCAAGUUAAUUAUGUGUGCAAGCCUACAUUAACCAUGACAAACAAUGUUAAAAGGCUGGAAUAUUGUUGUUCGCUUUGGAAUAAAAGACAUGGUAAUUAAUAUUGCUUUCAUACUUUCUGAACUGCUGUCUCAGAAUAUUGUCUAGAACGGUUACAUGACAUAUACCAUAUUAAAGCAACUUAAAAGGAGUUUUAAUGUGUAUGGAUCUACGGAGUGCCAAAUUAUCUAAGUAUGUAUUUGCUUUUUAACUGUGACGGGGUUAAUAUUGGUUUAAAAUUUGAGCCGUUCCACUUUUGUUUGUUUGUUUUUUGUUUUUUUGUUUUUUUUUAAAUUCUUUAUUUUUGCAGUGCAAAACAAAAUAAGUCAUAACAGCAGGCGUGUGGUGCCCCAAUAGCAUUCCUCACGCUGAAUAUCAACAUUUUUAACAAUGGGGUUUUCAUAAAUCCUUGCACGUUUUUUUGAUAUUUAGUAGAGAUUGUCCACGUUUAAGCUUUACGCUGAGUAUUCAGUUAACAAGUGGGCCUGGGUAGGUCUUACGAAAUCUCGGCGGCACAGUGCGUUCUAAGCUUUGUAGAGCUUUUGGUCUAGUCACUGGCUUCUCUAGCUGCUCUAGGACAGUUGAAAUUUUUUUUAUUUUUUUUACAUUGCUGACUGUAGUAUUUCAAGUUAUAUAGUUAAGUCUAGACUAGACAACAAGUUGCGUGAAACAAUACUAGAUUGGCAUACGUUUAAAAGUAGAUGGUUGCAAAGAUAGUUACACUAGUUAUUAGAUGCAAGAUAUAAUGAGUUACGGUUAUACGUUUUAGCGUUAAAGUCAACAAGAAUUCUUGCAGUGCCACAACAGCGACUGCAGGCGUAUUUUGAACAUCAGGUUGCUUUGGCAUGCAGUUAAAACAGCACAAAUUUUGUUAUUUUUCAUGUAAAAUUAACCCGCUAUAUAAAACAAGUAUGUUAGUGCAUAGAUUACUUUGCUAGACAAAGAGUUACAGACCUUCCCUCAACAAGAACAAUUGCAAAGUAUGCAUCUGAACUAAAAGCUGGCUCAUCAAUCAGGUUAUAGGGCAAUUAUAGCUUAAUCGCUUCAGGUUACAAGCUCUGUGCACUCCUACAGAAACUAACGUAGGGCAGGUUACAGAUGGUAAGUUAUACGCAGGCUUAGUUAUUAUAGCUAACGCAAUGGGUCACGAUGGGAUCUACAUGUUUAUGCUAGUAGAUGUAAAUUGUAGCUUAAGUAAAUGUGGGCUUUCAAGAAAGUUACACGGUUAAACUUCGAUUUUACCACUGCCAGAGUAGGUAGGCGGGCUGCCACCGGGGCUGAGUGUAUUCCUAUAUUAUUAGGUAUUAAUAAUAGACAUAGUAGUAUAAUUGUAUGGCUAUGGUAUAUGAUAGAACACUUUUUAGGUGACAAGAGGUAUAUAGGUAGCUGAUGUAAAACUGCAGCUUCUCUUAUUUAGUCAGUGUCCUGUGGUGGUGUUAGAGUCUCUGUGCUGGCAUGUGUGACUCCUUCCCUUCGGACACUGAUCCCUCACCAUGGCAGUUCAGCUUCACCAGUGCUCUUCUGUGUGUGGUAAGUCUCCCCAUAUCAGGCUUGUGUAGGUCCGUUUGGCCGUUACACGCUGCAGCACACUUUCAUUUCGCGCCUUUUGCACUUGGCCCCACCUGGGGAUAUCCAUUGCGGGCCCGGGGUCUCUCAUUCUCCCAGAUCGCGGUGAUCAUGUCUGCGGUAUUCUUUUACUUGAAGCCCUCCGGCAGGGCAGAUGAAGGAACCGUGGUUUAAAAGGGGCUCCGUGGUGCAGGAGCAGAUAAUGUUCAGCUGUCUGCCGCCGCCAUUUUGUGAGGCAGUUAGAGAGUCUCCCCUCAGCAGCCGCCCGUCUCAGGCUCUCCUCAGUGGGGACCGGGAUGACCCCCCCCGGUCCAAAGGGGGGGGAAACAGGGCCGGCAAGCAACUCAGGCAGUCAGCUUGUGGCAGCAGGGGAGGGAGAUGCAGCGGCGGCCGUCCACCACGCUCCCCUCCCGGGUAGGCCGCAGCCCUCGAAGCUCCGUGACCCCUUCAGAGGAUCAGAACUCCCGAUCUCGGGGUCUGCCGCUGCUCCCACAGCUGUGGGUGUCUUUUGGCCCGUUUUGUGUGUGAAGUUCCGCUGUAAAUAGCUUAAAAGGCCGGGUUUCCCCAGAGCCUCUCCUGCAUGCGACCGGUUAGCAUGGCGGUCCGGCCCCGCCCCCCCGUUCCACUUUUGUUAAUAUCCAUUCAAUUUCUUUUUGCAUUUUUGUUUUCUGUGGACAUUCCUUUUUUUUUUUUUCAAUUCUUUAUUUUUCUUGUGCAUGUGAUGACAACAAGCGUGCAGAGCCAUAACAGCGUCUACAGGCGGUUUCAAUACAUUUCCAAGUGUGGCAGUUUGAUCAGCAAAUUUUUUUUUUUUUUUUUUUUAAUUCUUUAUUUUAGUAAUGCAUAUAGUAUACAUGUAUGCUUGCAUAGCCACGACAGCCGGUGCAGGCUAGACAUAGACAUAGAAAAAACAGUUGUAUGGCUUAUUAACGUUGCACAUUUUUAGUUAAUACUGAGUAUAAAAACAGGCUAAGUCUGAAGCUGCUAUGGUGGGUUAUGUAGGUUGAGUUAUGGUUCAUUUCAACGUUGUUACACAUAGCCCUACAGCAUAUGAAAAAGGUGUGCUUUGCUACCUGUUUGGUAGAUGGUUAAGCUAGUGUUGUUAGUUAAGGCUGAAUCAUUACAGUGGGUUAGUUGGCGUGUUCAAGUUUAGUAAAAUGUAUUGUGUUUUCAGGUGCCAGCGCAGCUCUUGGAUUGCCACCAAAAUAACCGCUGCAAAGGACCGCUGGUUGGCGUAGCUAAGGGGUAGAGAGAUUACCACUAGGAGGGAGGGCCCCAGUAUUGGUGUCCUCAGUGAGGUGUGCCCUCAUCGCUAGCAUGGAGAAGUGGCCUAAACAGUUAAUUGUAAAACAUAACAUAAAAGUAUAAGAGUAACACCAAAUGUCAAUGAAAAACAAUAAAAACUUCAACAUUUGCAAAUAGAGACUACAUGAGGCAUGGAGUGAUUGACUCAUCUGUAAUAUUAAGAGUCCCGGUCAGCCAACCCCCGCAAGAGGUAUGCCACAGUCCCACUCUGGUGCCUUUGUGAGUCUUGGUCUUGGUCGCAGCUUGUGCUCAGGGGGCGCCCCGUGUUGUGGUCGUGGGACGUUGUUGGGCUGACCUGGUGUUGCCGCCAUGUUGGGCCCUGUGUCUCGCCGUCUCCACUCCCGGUCUAGUGUCACUCCCUUCUGAGGUGAGAUGAGUCCCAUCUGGGAACCCUUCUGCUUGCCCGUGUGCCUCAUGCUCUGAGGUUCUCCGCACUUCCGUGCCCUGUCUGCCGUCGAGUAGCACAGACCAUGAGCCGGUCUAGGCCCAGAGGGUCCUCUUCGUGUCUGUAGGUGUCGCUGCAUUAUGUGCCUCUUCCGACUGUGUGGAGCACGGUGUCGGUCUUUCGGAUCGAUGGUGGGGCGGGAAGGCAGGCUUACAUUGGCGCCCUGCUUGGGUGAGUGAGGGCGUUUGGCGGCUGCGCGGAUGCCGGUUCGCUUGAUGGGAGUGGGUGAGUGAUGCUCGCCUUGUAGAAGUGGGUGGUCGUGGUGAUGCAGGUUGGAUUAGCUUACCCACCAGCUUCCUCCAGAAUGCCUCGAAGUGGUUGUUUAUUCGAGUGAGGACAUCAUGUGAGGUGUUGCUGGGGUUGUAAGCACAUGUUGUGUCCGCCAUCUUAAGGAGGUCUCCGUUUACUGUCUUUGGCGUCGUUCCCCUUCUCAUCAUGCUCAGGGUCGCCACCCCAGGGUGGACCGGGAUCACCCCCGCCGGUCCGAGGGGGGGGUAGCAGGGCUUGCUUGUGCGGUGGGCAGUUUCAGGGUGCCUCCAGGACAGGGGAGCGGCCGCCUCCCUCGCCCAAUGCAGACCAGGCCGCAGUGUCGGUCGUGAUUUCAUCUGGCCCCAAUCAAGUCGCCUAAGAGCCCAUUGUGUGCCCUCCAUCGUGGGUGGCAUGUGGGUGCCUAGAAAUGCAGUUUGUGUCGCUUGGGUGAGCAGAUUUUCGCUUGUUUUGUCAGGAUUUUGUGGGAGCUCAUGGAAAACACGACUCUCCGCCAUGAUGGUCAGGCCCCGCCCCGAUCAGCACAUUUUUAUAUGAUCAUGAAAAUAACAGGCUAAUAAACAAUGCUUAUGUAAUAUAACAUGCUAGGGUAGUUAAGUAUAUUAAAAUACGAUUCACAGGUUAAUACAAGUAGUGUCAGAGAAAGGCUUUGCUUUAAGCGUGUUUAGGAGUAGUGUAUGCAGACAUUAACUUUGUCAUAUAAGAGAUGGUUUUAUAACAUGCAAAACAGCGAUUAACUUUUGAGUGUGGGAGCCACUGGGUACUUAUUUCAGACUAUGAGAAGAUAAUAUGUUUUCAUACAGAAGUAAUUGCUAGGCAUAGUUUUAGCUGGUUAUGGGCUGUGGGUAACAUGUUAGAUUAGCGCAACUAGUUUGUUCACAUAUUGUAGCGAAAAUGAGAGUGAAAUAAAAGUGAGAAUGAAAUAAAAAUGAGAAUAAGAGCACAAUGCCCACUGGGAUUAGGUGCAAUCCUGGGCUGGUAGUAUUACUUGUGUGGCUGCUAAGGACUAAAUAUUAAAAGACAAGAUUAACAAGUCCAGUAACCUGACCCUGGGGUAGCACUUCUAUCAGGGAGCAUGCAGAGGAAGGAUGAGGGUUGAGCCAUUGGGGUUAUUUUUUCUCGUCCCCUGGUAGCAGGUGGGGGUCUGCUCAACGUUGGGGGUUGUCUCUGCCUGGGGUUAUUUAACCGAUGCCUGCUGUUGGCAGGCUGUCACCCCCUGGGACCAAGGGUUCGCCACUUUGCAGGUGAGGAUCGCUCCGGUCCCAGGUGCCCUUAUGUUCUUGGUCCGCGGCAGGUGAAAUGUCACCCAGUCUUGUCGGAUCCUGUCUUCUGGGCCUCUGCUGUGCUCUGUGUCUGCUUUGCCAUACGUGCGCUCUCCUGCGGAGUGGUGUGCGGGUGUGUGUGUUACUUCUGAAUGACGUGCGGAGAGGCUGCAGCGAGGUCGUGGGGUGGAUGGUCGAUGUUGGUGUGCAGCUGAGCGGCUUGGCGUCGGGAGAGUCCGUCGGGCAAGAUGGGCACAUCUUUGUGUGGGCGCUGGACGAGUAAGUUGCCGCCGCGGUCUCCCUCCCCUUCGUAACAGGUAGAGCAGGGUGGGUGGCUUUGAGCUCCACACGCUGCCAGAAUUCCUGGCAUAUUUGGUCAAAGCGAGCCUCAAAGUGCUUUCUCCAGGUCUGGACCGUGGGGCUUGUUUGACGCUGCAGAGGUUGUUGCUCGGCGGCCAUUUUGGGCCCGAAUUGCGGCCUCCGCUCCAGCGGACCAGCCUCUAGUGGUAAGUUUGUGAGAUUCCCCAGUGGGGACCGGGAUGACCCCCACCGGUCCAGAGGGGGGGGAUGCAGGACUCCAGGAGAGCUGUUGCUUAUAGCGGUGCCCAUGGCGGGAGAUCGGCCGCCUCUCCCAACCACUAGGCCGCUUUCUUUGCUAGGCCGCAUCAGUGGAGCGUGGUUUUUCCUGUCAGAGGUGCUCAAAAUGGGUGUCCACAAGUCCCCACGCGAUCCAGCUAUGGGUUAGCAGCGAGCAGCACAGUUAUAAUCAAGAUUUUGGCCAAUAUUAGCCAGUAUUGAGCAUGUUUGUGUCGGAGCUCGCUGUGCACACGUCUUGCCAGCUCGGCUGUCAGGCCCCGCCCCGACAUUCCUUUUUUAAGUGAGAGGCAACAAAAUCAGAUUUGCCCAUGGGAGUCAUUAAACUAUAACGAUAUUUGUAGCUAUAGCAGAUAUGCUUGGUAAUCUUUAAUUUGUUUGCUACUCUGGCACUAAAAUGGUUAAAAAUAAAUUGCAAGCAAAAAUUCCUAUGAAAGGGAAGAACAUCACAAGAUCAUAAGGACGUUGAAGUAAACCAUUGAAGUAAAAGUUAAUGUACAUGAGCAGGUUUUUUGGAAGGUUUUUUAUUUUUCUGACAGUGAUUUGAAAUAUAUAUGCAUUUCUGACUACAUCCAUACUUGAUUGGAAAAUGUGAUUGACCUACACUGUCUUGCAUGAUAAAUGAUCCUAAUCUAUUUUUUGGCAGCGGACAGCACAUUUGACAGUGGUCAAGGGUCCACUGUGUAUUCAGAUUCACAGAGCAGCCAGCAAAGCGUGAUUUAUUCCUCUCUGCCAGAAUCACUUCCGCCUGCAGUUCAGCGGGUUUACAGCCCACCAAUCCUGGAAGGCCAGAUGAUGUCCCACAGCCCCCAGCACCACCUGGCACAAUACCUUCAGACGCCAACUGUAAGUUUGAAACCAGGUCAUGCCAUUAAUAGCCGUUAUUUAUUAUUUCACAAUGUCAUCUUUUCUAUAAUUUCUUAUUUUUAAAUACUGCCCAUUCAUUUUGCAUGUUUUUGAAUUUAAUUUAAUCUUUUUCUUUUUUUUUUUUCUUCAUUUUAUAUGGUGGCCAUUUAGAUAUUUACUGUUCCUACAUUUGUUCAAGAUCUUUUUGGGUCCGGUGUUUCCACUCGCUGUUCUACAGACACUUUAAGAGAUUUCCUUUCUGUCCCCAGCGGGGCUUACACCACGAGUCGUAGGUGCAGUUCCUCUGAUGCUGUCAGAUAUUCUGACCCUUUAUUGGAAUGUCUUAAUACUUCGCAUAGUAUUCUAGAUUCUAAUGCACACAUUUAUACUCCUUCUCUAGCUCAAAAGUCCCACAAGUUAACAAGCAGUGCACUGCAGAAUUCGACCAGUUCUUCAAAUUUUGACAAAAGUGCACCAGUUGGUAAAAGUUUAUUACUCGCUGUUCCUCCAUCUCCUUAUUGCACUUCUCGUCGACAUAGUGAUUCCACUGUUGCUACCAGUACAUUGAAAAGCUUGACUUCACCUAUAUCUAUGGAAAAAAUACUGGUCCAAAAAUACAGGAAAUCAGAAACGCAAAUUGAACCAUUGGCUGGUUCUGUAUGCUUCACAAAGUCCAUGCAGUCAAGGUUAAAGGAAUGUCGUGUAUGUUUAGAAUUUAGUCAGCACAGGAAAUAUUCAGAUAGUUCUUCUUCCAUUUCGCAUCCCAACUCUAUUGCCAAAGUCCGUAAUCGUGGUUUGAAUGACCUAGAAAAAUAUUUGGUCUCCAGGCCACCUGUCAGGGUUCAAAAAACCUGUGGCCAGAAGUUAGACUUAAUAGGCCUCCAUGAAUCCCUCCAUCUGAUUAUUGACCAGACUAAAGCACCAUCUUCAAGAACCAGAAAACUGACAGGUGAUACCAUUCAUGAAAACUAUAAACUUGGACAAACUGUGCCACAGGCAACUGGGCAUAACUCAAACUGGGGAUUGAAUCCUUCUGCUGAGUACUCUGGAAUUAGCCCACCUACUGGGAACAUUGGACUUGUUGUGGUAGGUUGGACACCUGUGUGGGAAUCCGACAUGUCUGUCUUCUUGACUGUGCAGUCUUAA